GUCUAUGCUGUUUCAUUACCCUGCGCAGGGGAAAAGCGGACCAACCCGGGGACCUACACUCUCAUCACCAUUCCACUCAGCCACGACAUAUUCUUCGAGCGCCCGGUGCCGGUCUCCACCGCGAUCGAAUUCCCCCUCGUCGUCUACAAGACAUACUCCCUUCCAACCGUAUCCACCCCCAAAUCCUUGCUGGAGAAUGACAUUGCCACUACGCUCAACAUCGAGCCCAGCACCGGCAAGGCUCCGGCGGAGUGGCAAUCCCGCGUCGGCGGAAUCAUCGUUGCCAGGAAGGACAAGCAAUCUCUCGAUAUCCGCCACUUUGAGGGCGUGUGGAUGUACAUCGACAUGAUUGGCCACAAGUUAAAGCUGGAGGGCGCAACAGAGGCGGGGUUGAGGGCCAAGGGGCACUUGACCAAAAAGGAUUUGGUACACUGGUGGAAACUGUACGAAAUACAGGCGAGAGGGGAUAGGGAGGCGUACAGGAAGAUGAACAAAGCUCCUCCGGUAGAAGUGGGUGAAUCCGAAGAUUGGGCUUCU